AUGGCAUCAUAUAUACCCGCUGAUUUGACAACAAUAUGUAAAGACACGAAUGAGGGGCAAAGCAACAAAAAAUUAAGAUUUGUUCACUAUGAAGAGCAGAAUUACCAAGAUGUCGCACCAUCGCAGAAUCAACCAGCUCCAAUGACACAAAACGAAACAUUGACAUGUAGACCAUGUCCUGCAUCCUUGAAGUCAGAAAAAACAGAAGUUUUUUACCCAGAUGAUUACUAUCCAGAUUAUCUGCCAGAAAGUAGAACUCAACAGGUUGUUGCUCCAAAACCAGUUCCCCAGAAAAAGAAAGAGAAAUCAAAGGAAAAAAAGGAUCAAACUUGUCCUUCUCCGAAAGCCAAGGAGAAAAGGCUUGUGUCCUAUGAUAGGACAGAACCAGAGGAUGACAAUGUGAUUAGACAUAUCCUCAGGCUGAGAAGAAAGCUUGGGUGGCAGACAAAAUUACCGCACUGUAAGUUGGAUUACGGGAAUCCCGAAACUACAGUUCAGAAGAUUACUGUAAAGAAACCUUUGGAAGAUGAUGGCGAGUUUGUAUAUUGCCUUCCUCGGAAAGACCCUAACGUCUUUUAUAAUCCAUACAAUCUUCAGGUGGUCUCUGCCCACAAAGCUAGAAAUUGCAAAGAAUUUUGGACUGUUACUGCUUCAUUCGUUUCAAAGGUUACCAAAAUAGGUGUCGUGGAAGAUGUAGAACUCAUACCUACUCUGGAAUGGCUAAUAGAAAGGAGAUGUUUCUACAUAUUACAAAAAUUCAAGAUCGUUUCUAAUUUUCGAAUGAAUAAAGCAUUUGUUACUUGGAAAUUGACUGUUAAAAGAAUUAAGACAGACAGAAGCAGGUCGUUUUUGUACUGCCAUCUUUUCUGGGCUGAUGAGUUAUUUCAAAGCUACUUGCUUUACGUAAAGGGACUUUGUGAAGAUGCUUUUAAUCGCAGAAAUGAUGAUGAAUGUGAAGAUAAUUCAUCUGCCAUGUGCCUUGUAAAGCUGGAUACGUUUCGGACAUACUCCCUGGAUGAAUUUUGUGAGGAACAGUUACAGCAAGCUUCCCGCACAUUCAAACGACUUGAGGAUAUCAGGGAUAAAGCCAUUGCAGAAAUGAAAAGUACACUUUUAAAGGUGGCAGAAAAGGAAGAAAUUAGAGAAUUUUUUGAGUCAAGCUUCUCUAAAGAUGCCAGACCACAUAUCAAGCUGCCUGUAUAUCGACGUUUAUUAAAAAAAUUUUUGAGGUUUUUCAUGCUGGUUGACUACAUAUUUCAGGAGCUCAUCCGCCAGCUGAUGAACACUGCGGUCACUCUCCUUUUGGAAUUAUUUUAUAGUUCUGCUAGAAUGCCAUUUUCAGCGGAAAAAAGGAAUGAGAACCUAAUCAAAACGUACAAGGAUAUCUUUGCUCUUACUGGAAGGCUAACAAAUGAUCAUGAAGAACUUGUUAUUAAUUCAAACAUAUAUGCUACUUCUGUUCCAAAGUCGGACUUAAAAGCAGAAGCUGAUAUUAAUGAGAUGUUCAAUUCCAUUAAAUUGGAUAAGGACCUGACAAAAUACGCACCGGUAUUUGAAGUCAGUCUACACUUGAGAAUUCCUUCUGAGAGGGAUUCUUCGAGCAGCUCCAGAGAGAGCUUCCAGGAGUCGGAGCAGUCCUCUGAGAAAUCCGUGCUGUACCAGGAGGAGGAAAUACCCGAGAGUGAAGUCAGCAGCGUCAAACCCUCAAGCGACGAGCUCCUAAUAGUGCGGCCGAAACCCACGACGUUGAACCUUGUGGAAAUCCUUUCAGGUGGGAUGAAUGAGACGGAUAUAGAAGCCAUGGAUGAUUUCGAUAGUAAAACCGAGAACGAUGAAUUUUUAGAAUUCCCUACGAAUCUCUUGAUUGCUCCCAACAGACUGGACUUUUCAAUAAAAAUUCAGACUAUGCUGGCUGAUCUUGAGAAAUGCAUAACCCAAAUUAUUCCUCUUGACCAAGAUCCCCGCUUGUCUGAUUUUACUGAUCCGGAUUUAUUGAAUGCGACAGAAAGUGGGACAGACGCUGAGGAGCAAGCUACAUGGCCAGAUUGUCAGAUCCUGUUUGAAAUGGACCCUGCCUACCAAAAUAAAAUUGUGUGCCUCCUGACCAUCCUGGGCAAUUCGAUGAACCUGGUGGACGGUUACAGCCGCAGGUUCAUAAAAUACUGCGUGAUGGUCGAGCGGGCCAAAGUCACGAGUAUGAAAAUAGCCCUGAUGGAAGAGCUGACCUCGGCGGAGUUUAGAACCAUCCUCGGCAAGUUCCUCAGCUACCUCCGAGAGGUGGUCAGUAUGGCCACCGAGAAGCGCAUCGGCAUCUUCAACGUGGUCAGCGCCGACUACCAGGCGGAGUGCUUGCCGCACGUGCAGGACAUCCUGCAGACCAGCCAGGCCCUGCUGCGGUCCGUCAUCGAGAAGAGGAACACACAUCUCCUGGAAGUUAUAGACUCAUCAUUGAAAAAACUGGAGUGUCAUCCCAUUGAAAUAGAAGAAUUUGUGGAACAUUUUACUUUUCUGGAUGCAAUUUCCUCCAGAAUAUCUAAAUUAGAGAAAGAGUACUCAACCAUUGCUCAGCUGUAUUCCGUUCUGAGUUACUACCAGGUCUAUAUCUCAGAAGAGCAAGUCGCCACCCAUAAAGUCCUUCUCAUCAGGUUUACUCAACUGAAAAGCGCUGUGAAGCUAAGCAAACUGAACAAGGACGCUGCCGUUGGCAAGUUCAGAGACAACCUGGAAGCCUACGUCACCGGUCUGAGGGCCGACGCCACCAAUUUAAAGGCCAAAGUGAGGACGCCUGUCCUGUUACACAUGGGGACCCCGGCGUCCACCGCGAUGGAAAUGGUCCAAGCCUUCUCCCAGGAAGCCGCCACCCUCGCCAACAAGGUCCAGAUCUGCGCCAACUACCAGGAGUCCAUCAGCGAGGCCCAGUCGCACCUGCACCCCCUGAACAUGGAGGAGCUCACCCAGGCGGUGGCGGCCGACAUCUCCGACAUCGACUACGAGCUGACCUUGAGGAAGAUCCUGUGGGAGGCGCAGGAGGAGUGGAGGGCGCUCUUCCAGGAGUGGAGGGCCAGCACCCUUCACGACAUUGACAUAGAAUCGGUGCAGAGCAACGUGUCCAAGUGGCUGAGCCUGAUCUUGGUCCUGGAAAAAGACUUGCCCCCGAACAACAUGGUAGCGUACCUGAAGCAGUCGGUGACCGGCUUUAAGCAAGAGCUGCCCAUCAUCAUCGCCCUGGGGAACCCCUGCCUCAAGCCCCGGCACUGGGCGGCUUUCCAGGAGAUCAUCGGGAAGUCCAUUACCCUCGAUAGAAACUGCACCAUCGAGAGUCUUCUCGUGCUCAAGAUGUGUCAGUAUGAGAAUGAAAUCAAUGAAAUCUCAACCUCGGCCACGCACGAAGCUGCCCUUGAAAAGCUGCUGUUUAAGAUCAUCGACCUUUGGAAGACGACCCCUUUGCACUUGGUCCUUCAUCACACGGAGACGGACGAGAUCCUCAUCAUUUCGUCUCUGGAUGACUUGCUGGCCCAGUUGGAGGAGUCGCAGGUCGUGCUCGCCACCGUGAAAGGGUCCUCGUAUAGCGAGCCCAUCAGGGGUCUUGUGGAUAAAUGGGAUCAAAAGUUGACUCUCUUCUCGUACACCCUGGAGGAGUGGGUGAGCUGUCAACGAUCUUGGCUUUACCUUGAACCCGUCUUCAAUUCUUUGGAGGUAAAAAGGCAGCUCCCAGCAGAAUCAGAACUCUUCUCUCAGGUGAUGGACAUGUGGAAGGAGAUCAUGUUAAAAAUCCAGAACAAGCUGAACGCAUUGGGAAUGGCCAUCUCCACGGGCGUCCUCGGGAUCCUGAGGAGCUGUAACGUCUCUCUCGAACGUAUAAAGAAAAGACUGGAGGACUACCUUGAAGUUAAAAGGAUGAUUUUCCCAAGAUUCUACUUCCUUAGCAACGAGGAACUUCUCGCGAUCCUGGCGGGGAGCAGCGACCCCGAGUCCGUCCAGCCCCACCUGGUGAAAUGCUUUGAGAACAUCAAGCAGCUGCUGAUCUGGAAGCAGGAAAUCGGCCCUCCCACCGUGAUAAUGCUCAUCUCCAACGAAGGGGAGGCCCUGUUGCUGCCCAAGAAAAUUCGUGUAAGAAAUGCUGUAGAACAGUGGCUGGAAAAUGUAGAGAAGAGCAUGUUUGAUGUGCUAAAAAAAUUUGUGAAGGAAGGGAUCGAGGAAUGGAGCCGCCAGCAUUUUUCCAGCUGGGUGGUGUCUCACCCAGGACAAGUGGUGCUCACUGUGAGCCAGAUCAUGUUUUACAACGAUUGCGCCAAAAGUUUCACGAGUUCUGAUCCGAGAGAAGGGCUGGAGAAAGCCCACGUGGAUCUGAUACAACGCUUAGAGCAGAUCACGGAACUGGUGGUGCUGGACACGAGCAACGCUCGGACGAAAGUGGUCCUGGGGGCAUUGAUCACCCUCUACGUUCAUUGCAAAGACAUAGUGAGCGAUUUACUGCUUAAAAACAUCUUCAACGCCGAGGAUUUCGAGUGGACAAGACAUCUGCAGUAUAAAUGGAACGAAAAACAGAUGCUGUGCUACGUCUCCCAAGGCGAUGCCAGGUUCACGUACGGCUACGAGUACUUGGGCUGCACGCCGCGGCUGGUCGUCACGCCUCUCACCAACAGGUGCUGGCUGACUCUCACCGGGGCGCUGCACCUGAACAUGGGGGGCUGUCCUUCGGGCCCGAACGGCACGGGAAAGACCGAGAGUGUCAAAGACCUGGCCAAAUCCUUAGGUAAACACUGUGUCGUCUUCAACUGCUUUGAGGAUCUGGAUUAUAAGAUAAUGGGAAGAUUCUUCUUUGGACUAGUUCAGUCAGGAGCGUGGUUUUGUUUCGAUGAAUUCAAUCAGAUUGAUGUGGAAAUCCACUCGGUGAUUGCCUCCCUGAUCCAAACAAUUAAGGCGGCUAAAGACAGCUACUCCGUCAGGUUUGAACUGGAAGGAAAGAAGAUUCGUAUCAACCUGUCCUGUGCAGUGUUUAUCACCGUGAAUUGCGGGGACAAGGGUCACAUGGGUCUCCCCAACACCUUAAAGUCCCUCUUCCGCCCGGUGGCCAUGGUGGUGCCCCAUUACGAAAUGAUCGCCGAGAUCAGCCUGUUGGCGGUCGGGUUCCAGUCUGCAAAGUCGCUCUCCAGGAAGCUGGUGAACCUGUACGGGCUGGCCAGCACGCAGCUCUCCCAGCAGGAUCAUUAUAACUUUGGCCUGAGGGCCCUGAAGACGAUUAUAACAAUGGCAGGAAAGAAGCGGAGGUUUAAAAGCGACACCAGCGACAGCCUCCCUGAAGCCCAGGAGACGCCGAUCAUCAUCGAAGCCGUGAGAGAAGCCAGCCUGCCCACGUGCACCGCCUGCGACGUCCUCCCUUUUGAGAACAUCAUCCGAGAUACUUUCCCCGAAGCCACCGUUUCUCAAGUCAGCCAGGCCGCCCUGGAGAAAGUAAUAGCUCUUGCGACACAGUUGUUGGGCUUACAGCAAUGGCCAGCUCAGAAGGAGAAAAUCAUACAGUUUCAUAACCAGCUGCAGGCUUGUGUUGGUGUGAUGUUAGUGGGCCCAACAGGCGGAGGAAAGACGACGGUCAGAAGGAUUCUAGAAAGAGCGUUAACGCUUUUACCGAUCGAAGAGUUAAUACUACGGACUGAACUAAUGAACUCCAUUUCACAGAUUCCAGGAAGAAAGGGAAAAGUGGAUACUUGGGUUUUAAAUCCCAAGUGUGUCACGGUUAGUGAACUGUAUGGACAACUGGAUCCAAAUACCAUGGAAUGGACCGAUGGAUUGUUAUCAGCAAUCAUUCGAAACUACGUAUAUUAUAACAGCACAAGCUCUUCAAGGAAAGAUAGCGAUCUUGUACUAAAAUCAAGAAUCUCGGAUUUAGCUAAUUUAUUACGGGUAGAAGUUCACCGGGUGAGCAGCAGCCCGGCCACACUGCGAUACAGGCUCCGAGUGGGCCCCACGCAGGCUGAAUACGCCCAGGCCCGAUCAUGCGACCCGGGCCUGGUCAUCUCCAAGUUCGAUUGGCAGUGGGUUGUCCUGGAUGGUCCCGUGGACAUCUUUUGGGUAGAAAGCCUGAACUCGAUGCUGGAUGACACUGGGACGCUGUGCCUCGCCAACAGCGAACGAAUCGCGUUAACUAAUAAAAUAAGAGUGAUUUUCGAAGUGGACAGUCUCUCUCACGCCAGUCCCGCCACUGUCAGCCGAUGUGCAAUGGUUUAUAUGGACCCUGUUGACCUGGGAUGGGAGCCUUACGUGAAGUCGUGGCUUGCGAAAACGUCUAAAAUUAUGAGUCCCUCAGGAGUGGACUGUCUUGAGUUCUUGAUUAAAAAUAGUGUCAAAGAUGGGCUACAGUUUAUAGAGAAACAUCAGAAAUUUCAGCCACUUCCUGUCCAGAACAUCACAAUCGUUACAACGCUCUGCAGAAUUCUGGACGCCUUCUUUGAAUUCAUGGGUAAAAAUGGAGGCUUCGGACAAUGUGAAGAUUCGAAGAGCAUUGCAACUGAGAGAAGUUCUCUGCAUUUAAAAGUUCCCGUCAAACUCAAGAAAGUGGAAAAGAGGGCCGAGAGUCUGUGGUAUCUGGACAAGUACCCCGACAGGCUAACGGCAGUGCUGCAGAAGCUCUUCGUGUUUGCCUUCACUUGGGCAUUCGGAGGAACUUUGAAACGUGAAGACGAGCAUGAAGACGAUGAACUAAUGUAUUCAGGUUUUGAACCUGCUUCUCUUGCCAAAGUAACCUAUGACUUUGACCAUCUUGUUCACGAAUUGUUUGAAAGCCCAGAAGUAGGCAUAACCCUCCCAACUGGCGAGCCGUCUGUCUUCGGGUAUUUUGUGGAUCUGCAGCAGUGCGAGUUCAUCCGCUGGUCAGAACUGCUUCCCAACGUCCAGACUCUAAUUCAAAGAGGAACCUCAAUACUAGUGGAUCCACAAGGCGCCGGGGAAAGCAUCCUGAAGAUCACGGAAUACGGGGAGACCGUGAACCACACCGCCACCCGGGACACCACCUGCCUGUCCUUCCUCAUCAGCCUCCUUCUGAAGAGCUUCUGCCCUGUCCUUCUCACAGGAGAUUUUGGUAUUGGGAAAACCAGUGCCAUUAAACAGAUGCUUGCAAAGUUGGAGGGCUCAGGAGGAUUCGAUGUGAAAUAUGGGUCAAUUUUAGGAGAAGUCCUAUUAUAUAACGAAAUUAAAAAGUUAAGGUACCUGAGGCAGAACAUCAGCGCUUUGCUUUCCGAGUCUCCGAGGACCUCAGCUGGCAGUCAAGAUAAGAUUCCUAAGAAGCUGGGAAAAGUGGAAGACGGCUCCUUUAAAGAUCAUCACAAAGGAGUUAUAACCUCGACCAUCAAUUUUGGCAUCAAGAUGACCGCUGCCAAGGCCAAGGAGAUGAUCCUGAAGAAGCUGAGGAGGAUAAAUAAGGACACUCUCGGGGCCCCAAGGAACAACCGGAUUGUAGUAUUCAUUGACGACCUGAAUAUGCCGGAAGCAGAUAAGUAUGGAGCACAGCCACCCCUGGAACUGAUCAGGCAACUACUGGACUUGGGAGGAGUUUUUGAUACUGAAAAAAUUGCGUGGAAGAAUAUUCAAGAUCUCUCCCUCGUGGCAGCUUGCAUGCCUCCCGAGGGAAGGGGGCACAUCAGCCCACGCCUCCUCAAACACUUCUCCGUCCUCGUGUUGCCUCAUCCUCCACAGAGCGCCCUGCGGACUAUUUUCCAGGUCCAUUUGGGAAUGUAUUUCUCCAUCCAUAACUUCGCCCCUGAGGUUCAGAAAAGUAAGGACCACAUAAUAUCUUGUUCUCUCGCUAUAUACUAUCAAGUCUGUCAGAAUAUGCUGACGACGCCAACGAAGUGCCACUACCUGUUUAACCUCCGAGAUAUAUUCAAGCUCCUCCUGGGGCUGCUGCAAGCUGACAGGGCCACCGUUGACUCCAAGGAGAUGGCCGCCCUGUUCUUCGUCCACGAGGCCGCCCGGGUGUUCCACGACCGCCUGGUCGAGCAGGAGGAGAAGCGGCUCUUCUACCAGUUUCUCUCGAAGGAGCUGGAGAGCUACUUCCAGAUCCAAUGGACCAAAGAAUCCAUGAUGAGCGACUCCACCGUCUUUGUGGAUUUCCUGCGGAUCAACAAGUCUCUUAAGAAAAAGAUGUACCAGAACACCAACGACUACAACAAGCUGGCCAGGGUGCUCAGCGAGUUCCAGACCAAGAUCCGCUCAACCUCAGAGAUUCCUCACUCCAUGGUGUUCUUCAAGGAGGCCAUAGAGCACAUUGCCAGGGCCGCGCGGGUCCUUCGGCAGUCGGGGACUCACAUGUUAUUGAUUGGCAUAGACGGAUGCGGGAAGGAGACUUGUACGAUCUUGGCCUGCUACUUGACGGACCACAAACUCUACCACGUGCCCGUGUCUCAGAACUAUUCCUACGUGGAAUUCAAAGAGGACUGUAAGAAGGUGUUUGUCCAGGCAGGAUUAGAAGGGACCCCCACUGCUCUGGUCUUGGCUAAUUUAAGCCUAGAUCAGGAGGCCUUCCUGGAGGACCUGAACAGCAUCGUCAGUCUGGGGGACGUGCCUGACAUAUUCGAAAAGGAGGAGCUGGACUCGCUCGCCCUGCGGAUCCGGCCUCUGGCCGAAAGGACCGGCUACAUGGACAACAGGCAGGCCGUCCUCUCCUUCUUCCAGAAGAGAAUUCGUAAAAGUUUGCAUAUUUUUAUGAUCGUGAGUCCCACGGGACCUAACUUCCGCCAAAACUGCCGCGUAUAUGCCUCUAUGAUUAGCUCCUGCACGAUCGACUGGUACGAGAGGUGGCCAGAAGAGGCGCUCCUGGUGGUAGCCAACUCUUUCUUGAGAAAAAAUGUGAAUUUAGAGAACAGAGAGAACUUAACGGAAAAACUUGCCCCCGCGUGUGUCCAAAUCCACCGAAGCGUGAAAGACUUGAGCACAAAAUUCUUCCAAAAAACCGGGAGGCGAUAUUACGUGACCCCCCGAAGCUACCUGCGAUUCAUGGACACAUUUGCACACAUUUUGAGGUCACGCGAGAAAGAACUGCAAACGAAGAGGGAUCGCUUCUACAUGGGCCUGUCCAAGAUCCUGGAGGCCAGGGCUCUGGUCACAGACAUGCAGGAGGAGCUCUUGAUGGUCACCCCUCAGAUAGAACAGAAAACAAAGGAAAAAGAAAACUUAAUGGAAAAGCUACAGAAGGACUCCCAGGUAGUGGAGAAAGUCCAGAUGCUCGUUAAACAGGACGAAGAGAUCAUGGCAGAAGAAGUCAGGAUUGUGGAAGAGCACGCUCAGACAACUGCCAACGAACUGAAAAGCGUCAUGCCGGCUCUGGAAAAGGCCACCUUGGCUCUCAAUGCCCUGGAUAAAGCCGAUAUCUCUGAGUUGAGAGUCUACACGCGCCCCCCUAACCUGGUCCUGACCGUCAUGAAUGCGGUCUGCAUCCUCCUGCAGAAGAAACCUACCUGGGCUACGGCCAAGCUACUGCUCUCGGAGACCGGCUUCCUGAAAAAGCUGGUUCACCUCGACAAGGACCGGUUACCCGAUAAGGUGUUCGUAAAGCUGAAGAAGUUUUUAACCUCACCCGACUUCCACCCCAAAAAGAUCGCCCACGUGUCCGUCGCCUGCUGCUCCAUGUGCGAGUGGAUCAUAGCUCUGAACAACUACCACAGCGUUCGGAAGGUGGUGGGCCCGAAAGAGAUCCAAGUCACCGAAGCCCAGAACGUUCUAAGAAUUUCGCAACAAAGGUUGGCAGAGAAACAAAGAGGCUUGCAGCUGGUGGAAGAACAUUUGCAGGUUUUGCGUGCCACCUACAGAGAUAUCGUUGCUGAGAAAGACAUACUAGCAGGUCGCAGACAGCUCGCCAUGAGGCGCAUGUACUGUGCGUCUGUGCUGCUCACCGCCCUGGGAGAUGAGAAGACUCGAUGGCAAGAAACAAUCGAUCAGAUAGACAGCAAGUUGGAAGGGAUUGUGGGCGACAUCCUGAUUUCAGCAGCAUGCAUUGUCUACAGCGGAGUAUUAACAGCAGAAUUCCGCGAGCUGAUUGUGAAUGAGUGGGAGAAUCUUUGCACUAAAAACAACAUUUCUUUGUCUUCCCACUUUUCUUUAAUUGAAGUCAUGGCACAAACACAGCAGAUCCGCCAGUGGCAUCAGCAGGGGCUGCCUCUUGGUCAGUAUUCGACGGAGAACGCCAUCCUGAUCCAGAACGGCCUGCCCUGGCCUCUGCUGAUUGACCCCCAUGAGCAGGCGUAUCACUGGAUCCGCCAGAUGGAAGGGCCGCAGCUGCAGGAGCGCUCCAUCCGGGACAGCGAUUACAUCAGGACGAUUGAAAAAGCUAUGCAGACAGGAGGGAGUGUCCUCCUGCAGGGUCUCCCUGAAACCUUGCCUCCAAGCCUGAAGGGGAUUUUGAAGAAGGACAUCUACCAGAGAAGGGGCCAGUCUUUCAUCCGGGUCAAUGAUUCUGAGAUUGAAUAUAAUUCCAGAUUUAGGUUAUACUUAUCGACAGAAAUAGACAACCCGCACUUCCCUCCCGCCGUCUAUAACUCCGUCAGUGUGGUCAACUUCACCGUGACCUUCCAGGGUUUGCAAGAUCAGUUCCUGUCCACCAUCGUCACUCACGAAGUCCCUCACCUGGAAAAUCAGCGCUUCCAGCUGCUGGAGAGCAUUUCCCUGGAUGCGAUGACUCUUGAAGAACUGGAGGAAAAAACGCUGAAUUUGCUGGAGAACACAGAAGGAUAUGUACUCGAUAACGAGGAAAUUGUAGACACCUUGAGAAAAUCCAAGAUCACUUCCAGUGAGAUCUCCAAGCGCAUCAGCGAGACAGAAAAAGCAGAAAGCGAGAUCCAGGCAACGCGUAAAACCUACCUCCCCCUCGCCACCCGGGGCGCCCUGCUCUACUUGGUCGUGGCCAGUCUCACCCAGAUCAGUCCCAUGUACCAGUUCUCUCUGGACUGGUUCCGCCAGGUCUUCCUCUCGUCGGUCGUUUCCAAAAGCAAAGAGCAGGAAGAACACGGGUCGAAAAGGGAGAAAAUCCCUCCCAAGAAAGUUCACGAACUUGUAAGUCUCUCCAAAGAACCCAAGUUGAAACCGGAGAAACCUCCCUUAGAGGAGCACCUUAAAAACUCCAUCGAGGUGCUGACCCUGAAUAUAUUUAAGGUGGUCUCUGCAGCGCUGUUCAACCAGCACAAACUCUGCUUCGCCUUCCUGCUCUGCGCCGCCAUCAUGAAGAACAACCCCAGCGAGAGUCCACCCGCGGACGGCCUCGGGUCCCUCCCAGAAGAGGAGUGGAACCUCUUCCUCUACUCGAGCAUCCUUAUAAACACCGACAGCGUGAUGCCGCACCCCCGUCUUGAUCGCCUGUAUGAGAUGGACAGAGGCGGGCACCUGCGCUGGGUCUCGCACGCCAGGUGGAGGCAGUGCCGGUACCUCAGCCGUCAGCUGGAAGCCUUCUCUGCCCUGUGCCGGUCCCUGCUGUUCAACUGGUCCCAGUGGCGCGCUUUCCAAGCCAGCACGGCCCUGUACGCUCUGCUGGGCACACCUUUCUCUGCAGAAAGGGCUUCCCCGGAGGAAAGCGAGAAAUCGCCCGAGGAAACUGAACUUCUGAAUGAACACGAAGAAGUGCAUCGUCCUGUAAAUUUCCCCUGGGAGAGACUCACUCCGUUUCAAAGACUUAUUUUGAUAAAAAUUCUCAGACCAGAGCGUUUGAAGAACUCGGUGAGAAGGUUUCUGACCGAAAAAAUAGGAAGUGAGUAUAUUCACAGAACCGGAAUUAAUCUGAAAGAAUCCUAUCAAGUUUCCAACGCCAGGACUCCAAUGAUACUCAUCCACUCGCAAGGGGUGGAUGUCAUCAACACGCUCCUGAAAUUCGCCCAGGAGUUGAAAGGAACCACCCAGCAUGUGACCAUGAUUUCUCUGGGCCAAGGCCAGGCAGCGAAAGCGGAAGACCUCAUCGCGGACGCCCUCGCCAAAGCCGGGCAGUGGGUCUUCCUGCAGAACUGCCACCUCGCCGCGUCCUUCAUGCCACGGCUCUGCACCAUCGUGGACUCACUCAACAAUCCAAAUGUAACGGUAGACCCCGAGUUCCGGCUGUGGUUAAGCUCAGAAUCGGACAGCUCCUUGCCAGUUCCCCUUCUUCAGAAGAGUUUAAAGAUCGCCGUGGAGAUGCCCAUGGGGCUGAAGAGUAAUUUACUGAAGACGCUUGGACACGACGGCGGUGGGGAGGUGACGGAAGAAAUAUUUGGAAAACCCAACUGCGGCCCCUGGUGGCAAAGGCUCUUGUUCAGCCUGUGUUUCUUCAACGCUCUGAUCAACGAGAGGAGGAAAUACGGAAUGCUGGGCUGGAACGUCAGCUAUGAAUUCAGUCCCUCAGACUUCGAGGUGGCCGUGAAGAUGCUGGAGAACACCCUGACCGCCCAGCCGGCCGUGCCCUGGCAGAAGCUGCGCUACCUGCUCGGGGAGGUGGUGUACGGCGGCCAGGUGACCGACCCCUGGGACCAGCGCUGCCUCAACACCCUGCUCUACAGGUUCUGUAACCCUGACGUGCUGACAUGCGACUUCAGCUUCUUCAGUGAGGAGAUGUGCGCGCCCGAAUCGGCCAGCCUGCAGGCUUACCGACGCGCGGUCCAGGCCUUGCCCGACGACGAGCCCGCCGAGCUGCUGGGGCUGCACCCCGAGGCCACCCGGGGCUGCCGGGAGGCGCAGGCCCAGAGCUUCAUGGACCACCUGGUGGCCCUGCAGCCGAGGACGGGGCAGCCCAGCCUGGUCAUCAGCGGGGAGCCCAUCGGAGACGAUCUGGUGAUGGAGAUGGUGUCGAAUGUGCAGAAGCGGCUGCCGAUGACGGUGGAGAAGGAGGAGAGGAGAGGCGCCCAGAGCACGCUGCGGAGCAUCAUGGCGGGCUCCGUGUGGGAGGCGCUGAAUAAAGGCCUGGAAGGCUACGACCCCCUCAUCCACUGUGUCUUGCUGUCCUUUUUGAAGCAAGAAAUCGAACGCUUUGAUAAGCUGCUGCUUGUCAUACAUGAAUCCUUGAAAGACCUUCAGCUCGCUAUCAAAGGAAAGAUCGUCCUCACCCCAGAGCUGGAGGAGCUCUACAACUCUUUUCUUAAAGCCAGAGUGCCCGAGCUGUGGCAGAAACACGCCUACAAGUCGUGCAAGCCCCUGGCUUCCUGGGUUAACAACCUCAUCCAGCGACUGAAUUUCUUCAACACCUGGGCCAAGAUGGCUUACACGGCGAUCUACCACCGGUAUAUGAGGUUUAUCUUGGCCUGGAAGCACUCUAGCACCAGCCCCAAACUGGAAAAGAAUUUCUUUGAAGGGUUUCCUGCAAGAUACUGGCUCCCAGCUUUCUUCUUUCCACAAGCCUUCCUGACCGCUGUGCUGCAGGACUACGGGAGGGCCCACGGCAUCUCCACGGACGCCCUCACCUUUACCCACCAGGUGAUCCCCGGCACCAUUGGCUCCAAAGAGGAGGAGUUCUCCAUCGUGGUCCAGAAGACGCUCAACCUUGUCAGGAGGGCCUUCAAGAGCACAGACCCCUCACACAUUGGGGCUCACAUUUUUGGAUUAUUCAUCGAGGGAGCAAGGUGGAAUCCCGAAGAGAAAAUACUAGAGGACUCGCUGCCUCGCGAGAUAUGCUGCGAUUUCCCGGAAAUCUACUUCCUGCCAACCAAGGUUUCCACCGAGACACCAGCCGCUGCUAACGCGCCGGAGUCGGAAGGCCACACCUUCGAGUGCCCAGUUUAUCAGACGCCUCAGAGGUCGUCCAUUUCCACAACGACCGGCUCCCCUUCGAACUGCUUAACGUCGGUGUUCUUGCCCACGAGGAGACCGCCCAGUCACUGGAUCAGCAUGCAGGUCGCCCUGCUGUGUGAGAAGGCGGCGAAAUAA